AUGAGGUUUCCAUCCAUCACCAUGAUGGAGAAGGAAGGAGAGGAGAUCCGGCUGGCUGUGGAAGCAGCCGAGGGAGAGAUCGAUGCUGUGAUCGCCAGCGGCUCUCCCCCGCAAACCUCGCACCUCAACUCGUGGCUGAAGGCAGCAGCGCGGGCAGCGCUGUGCGACAAGUCGAACAUGCAGGAAGUGAAAAUCAUGCUAGACAGGACGCGAUCGCUCGGGGUCAAGAUGGACGAGACGUCCGUGCUGCGGUGCCUGGAGGUUCUUCAGCUGGACGUGGGGAGGGGAAGAGCGGAGAUGGAGGAGGUGUUCGAGCUGAUGAAGCAGAUGCGGGCCAUGCAGCUGGAGUUCUCCUCCGAGAUCUGCAAGGCGAUGCUCAGGGUGGUGGCGGCAGCGGCAGGGGAGGGGAGGGGGAGCAUGCGACAGGGGAAGCGGGUGCUGGAGGCGUUCACUAGCACGGGCCUCCGCCCUGACAAGGAAAUUUACGACUGCCAGCUCGACAUCGUGUCAAAGAGCGCGAGGAGCGGGAGGUCGUGCAAGGAAGAAGCAUUUGAGCUGCUGGCAAAGAUGAAGGAGGAGGACGUGCGAGCAGACGCGAGCACCUUCCGGUUCCUGAUGGACAUCCUGGCAUGGAGCUCGAGGCAUGGCAAGGCAACGCUGCAGGACGCUGAGAGGGUGCUGAAGGAGAUGGAGGGCAGCAUGCAGGAGCCUUCCCCCAGCUUCUUCAACGGUAUGAUGGCGAUCGUUGCCGGCAUGGCGUCGCAGAAUGCGGCGACGGUGGAGGACGCGCGGGCUGUGCUGGAGAGGAUGAGGCAGCAGGGGAUGCAGCCGAGUGUUGUGACAUACUCGGCCAUGAUGGCGGCGCUGGCAGGAGCAGCGAAGCACAACAAGGCGAGCAUGCAGGAUGGAGAAGCAAUUCUACUGAGCAUGCAGGAGGAUGGGGUGGAGGGCGAUGCGAUAACUUUCAACGCUCUUCUCGCUGGUGUGGUGGGGAUGAGCAACUUUGGGAGGACGAGGAUGGAGGACGGAGUGCGGGUGGUGAGGAUGAUGAGGAGGAGGGGGAUCAAGGGGGACCAGGUGACGCUGAACUCGCUGCUGGAGCUGGUGGCAUCAGCGGCUGAUAGGAGGGAGGCGACGGAGAGGGACGUGCAGGAGGUCAUCGAGCUGAUGGCGGAGGACGGCUGCGCGCCCGAUAUGUCCUCCUUCGUCAUCCUGCGCAGGAUCUGGAGCCGACUGCAGCGAGCUCGGCAGAUGAGCUGGUGGCAGCACGGCAACCGAACGGCAAGGAAGGGGGAGGGCGAGGAGGAGGAGGAGGCGAGGGUGGAGAGGGAGAGGAAGGCUAUUUUCAACUUCGGCUCCAUCUUCUCUCUCCUUGCCAAGGCCUCGUGGGAGGGGAGGGUGAAGUUUGAGGACGUUGAGGAGACGCUGGCCGAGAUGGGCGCGGAGGAGGUGGGGGCGACGAGAGCCGUUUACCUCCUCUGCUUCGAGGUGGCGAUCGGGCUGGCAAGCAGGCGCCACGGGAGGAUGGAGAACGGAGUCAUGCUGCUCAAGGACAUGAAGAAGAAGGGAGUGGAGCCAGAUGCUCACAUCUACAUGUUAUACCUCAACCUGAUCAAGGUUCUCUCGAGGCACAAGGGGGCUGGGCAGAAGGAGGCUCAUCAGGCGUUUUUGUGGAUGCUGAGAGACGGAGUGAGCUGGUCGACUGAGCUGUUCACUCUGCUCAUGGACGUCGUCGACUCGAGGCACCCUCACCUCAUCGACGAUCGCUUGUUCGUCAAAAUCUGCCUGGUCGCCAAUCGUGUUUCAGACGCUGAGGUUCAUGCCAUGAUAUGGGAUAUCUUCACUACCAAUACAAACUUCCAGGAGAAUGAGGAGGUUCUCAUCCCCUUCCUCAUCGUCGCCUGCAACCACAAACUCCGCAAGGAGAGGACAGCACAAAUAGUUGGAUGCCUCGACCUUGUCUGGCAGCAGAGGAGGCCGCACGACUCCGUCCUCCUCUCUCUCUCCAGCUCGAUCAGGCCUGCUCGUCUCCGUUCCCUCCUCCUCUCCUCCCAGGAGCCUUCUCUUGCUCUAGAUCUGCUGCGAGAGCUUGUGCCUGUGCAAGCGGCAAGUCGUACCCGGCUCCUUCAUGUGCUCAGCAGCCUCCGCCUCCCAAGACUUUCACUUCCUGCACGCAGCAUGCGUUCUGUUCGGCUCGCGCUACCUCGACUGUCAGAGGUGAAGGUCACGAGACGUCAGGUCAGCGUAGGAGGAGUUCUCCUCCUCUUCCUGCUCGCCAAGUUGGGUCAGCCCUUAACAGCGGCAUGGCUUCCUGGAGACGGGGGGGGCGACGACUGGCUGGAGCAGAUACAUUGGAUAGAGGGAUAG